UUCGCGCGAUUUUCAUCAAACCAAAUGGCGUCUUUUGCUAGUUGACGAGUUGCGUGCCGCGUAAGCAGUCGCGUUUUGCGCGCCUUUUUUUUUAUCCCGCCGAUCGGCGUCAACCUGUGGCAUCAACAUGAACCGCGGCGGAAACGCUGGGCACACUGUGACUACGCGGUCUGCUUUGAGAGAAAUCACCAGAAGCGCUUAUGGUUCACCGCCUUCAGUUGCCAACAUGGCAUACAUUGGCUCUCCCUCUCCGUCUACAUCACCUGAUGAAGAAGUUGUCCGCAGGCGUGGAAGGCGGAUCAUACCACCAGGGAACCAGUUUGCACUGACACCCCCACGCACACCAACAAAGCGUCAGCAGUCUCCAAAAAGCAGCUCCAGCUUGGAACACCCUCAGACACCAAGCAAGGCACAGCUCAUGAGUCCAGUUCGAAGCUCUCCCAGGAAGCGUCUGCUCCUUCCUGCCGAUAUAUCAGAUGCGGUCAAUGCAUCGCCCAGCAAGAAGCUGGUAUCACCUGUGAAGCGCUUGAGGCUUCAGUCACGUGAAGCUGAAGCAGAGACUGAGGUGGCCUUGACCGCUUUAACCAAGGCUCAGCUGGUGGCCUUACUGAAGGACACUAUGGGCCGCAAUGCGGCAGCUAAACAGAUCAUUCAGGAGCUGCUGCCCAAGCCCGACCUUGCUCACUCGAUGCAGAAGCUAGAGAAGCUGCUGCACCAAAUCUACAGAGCCUUCCCUCAAAAACACUGGGGCAACAGUCGCGACGCAUUCUGCUUUCGUCGUGUACAGAUCCCUAUCGAGACUUUCAAGCGCAAGUGCCUACAACGUGGCCAGCAGUUGUGCCAGGCCGAGCAGUGGAGCUCCCUGCUGGAGUAUGCGCAGCAGGCGUGGAACUUUGUGCGCAAGAUGCCCGAAUGGCAGGACAGCAGUCACAACAAGGCCAAGCUGCUCUGCUUGCGAACCCUCGCCACGCACUGCUCAACUGCCCUCAAAAAGAUGUCCCUGGACCAGCGGCAGCUGCAGACACUCAUUUCCAGGUUGAAAGAGAUGAAAGAUGACAGCCCCUGCAUCACUUCCCCCCUGAAAUUGGCUGAAGCACAGCUCGAGCAGUGUCGCCAGUAAGGUCAAGAAAAGAUUGCAAGCAACACAACUCGUUUUGCUGGUUUUAACUUUUAUUGUCAUCAAUAUCAUUGUUUCUCUCUCUUUUACUUAUAUACACAAUAAAAAUCAUGGGCCUUUUUUUUGGUCA